GAACAGCAUUUCUGUAUCACUGCCUUGACUCCUCUGCGGUGGGUGGGGACCUGCAGUAUCAGCAAGCUGAGCUAUUUACUUGUUUUUAACAAGGGAAAAUACAGUGAAUUCCUAUUUGGAAGUGAUCCACGAUCUUUUAAUGCCAGCGUUUGGUUUUGAUUUUUAUUUAAAGAAUGGCUCUUUUUCCUCUUUAUUUAUAACUAUAUGUAAUGGAAAAGAUUGUUUCACUAGCCUGUCUUUCAUUACAGUAGACGACCAAAUAUCAGUUAUUUUUGCUUAUACCAGUUUACAUAACGUAUCUCUGCAUUCUCUUUUUCUAGUGGUGGCACUGAUUUUAGUAUUGCUUGAAUUGUCAGAAAUUUCAUUUAUAGUUUCUCUUUUCUUUCUUCAAGCUCAAAAGAAGGGGAGAUAAAUGUUAUACAGUGCUAUAUAAUGCUUUGUUGAUGGCCUGAGUGUACACAUAAAUCUGUUUUCUUAUUUAAUUCUAAGCAUAAAUAUAAGACGUGUGAGACUUGGAGUAUUCUCUAUAUAGUACAGACUGAGUGGGCCAAACACAGGGUUUUUGCUUUUGAUCAGACAUCUCUAGUUUUCACUCUAGAAUGAAAUUUGGGGUUUUAUCAGUUAGUAUUUUUUUCUCUGUGUACUUUGUUUCGGAGUUUAUCUCUCUUUGCAUGUCUAGAGUUUCCUAGCAGUGUAGUCUCUGAUACUUGGUGCUAACUUUGAUCUUGAUUCUGCAGAAUUUAUAUACUGAAUUGCAAAGUCCUGGAUUGAUAAAGUAUGGGUUAUUCACUUGAAACUGACGAAGUUCUUUGUUUCUUUUAAAAAAUGAAUGCUAUAUUUUAUGUGGCUGUUGUAUACCUUUUCUGGGUUGCUCUUCCUUUCUAAUUUUACAUUAUAAAAUAGUUGGGAAGAAAACCUUUGGCAACUGGAAACAGGCAGCUCCUGGGUGGAUAUUGAAUGUCCUGGCAGAGAUAGGAGAAAGAGCUAAUGACAGCGGCUAAAGUGAAACAACACUAGCCAAGACUGAAGUUUUUGUACUGGAUUAGAUACAGGUCACUACAGUUAAACAGGUGUAAUAAUAUACUGCUUGUGUUUACAUAGUGCUGUUUGCAUCUGCUACAGAUGCGGAGUUUGGAAAAGAUCUGGACUGCCCGCUAGUAACAACUCAGCUGGUGACAGCGUUGUGUACAAGGGAACAUACAUGGUAGCAUCAGACAUAUGCUGAGUGUUAGGGUCUGGUGGUUCACUGCAAAUGAUCACAAAGAGGGUGACCAAUCCCGUGAUUAUAUAAAUCUAUUGGAGUUUCUCUUCUUGCUUAUUGGAAGGGGGCAUUGGUAGGGAAUCUCUUUCUGGAGGUCCAAGAAAAGAUUACCUGCAGUUUUAGGCAGGCUGGCUCACUACAAGGUAAUGGAAAUUCUUGUAAUUUUGUGUGAAAAGGAGAUGAACUGGACAGAUGAUAAUUUCUGACUUCGGUUUCCAAAGUGAAAUAAACAUGAAAGCUCCCACUUUAUUUUUUAAACUUUGUCUUAGUUUAAAAUAUUCUGUUACGUUGGAUUGCUGUGUUUUUUGGUUGUUAUGCAGGAAGAGAGAAGACCUUGCUUGAAAUAGCAAGCAGCACAUCAUUAGGGGUGUACAGAAAAUGGUGUCUGGAAGAGUUGGAAACAUUCAUAAAUUAAAAACAGUAGAUGGAGACUGAAUGGUGUUACGUUGUUGAUGAGUAGUUUAUGCCACAAAGCAGAAGUGCUUCUAAAAAUGUUGAAGUGGGCCGUUUUGUGUAAGCAAUGUUUUCAGCAGUGUCAGAUUUGCAUAGGUGGCCACAGAUUUGACACAAACUGUGCCAGGCCUUUUGUGAUCCAAGAUUUCCCAGACUUCCAAAUGGAAAAGGUUUGGGCUCCCAGAUGAGUUUAAAAUUAAAUAGAAACCCAAAAUAUUACUAUUUUACAAAUAAUCUCAACCUACUCUCUGAGGCGUUUGCUCCCAGCACGCUUAGUGCUGGACGGGUUUGCUGAAGGGUGGUGGUGGGGAGGGCAAUACACAGUAUUUUUCCAUAGUGCCUGCUGAGACCUCUUUGCCGUUGGUUUUGCUGUGCAUUGGCUAUUUGGAAUGCAGGAGGGGACAGAGGAAAGGUACGUUCCUUGGAAAAUUCUUUUCAGAAAUGUUAAGGACACGGCUGAGAAGCCGGCUGGUCCAUGGCACGGUAGAGGCUAUCCUCAGCAGCUUAAGGCUUGUUCGUAAUUGGGCAGCCACGCAACAAAAAAACAGUGAACUAAGAAUUUUUAAAAUAAAAUUAACCUAAUGCUUUAAAAAUGGCAAGUAAGUUCUCUGCUUAAAAUACACUGGUAUUUCUUUCGAUGCUUUUUAAUUGCCUUUAUUCUUAAUAUUCUCUUUAGACUUCUUUGUCAAUAACACUAGCAGGUGCUUUGUGUGCAUUUUAUGUGUGUGCAUGCAGCAUUGUUUUUGUCUAAAUACACACACACGCUUCUGCUGCAUUCAUUAAACCUUCCUUCCGCCGCCAAGGAAGUAGUGGUGACAUUAAUCUCUUCAAUUUAUUUUAUGUUACAAAUGUUAUGAAUACUGAAUUGUGCGCAUUUCUGAUGAUAGUGGCUAACCCUGCUGUAUCUACUUGUAGUUACCAUUUAGACCUGGUAAGCAAUCGGUAUUUUCAACAGGUGACUUAGUUUUAGGGUUUGGGCAUGCUUUGGCCUAUACAGCAUCUAGAACGUAGCCAGCUGCCAGUGUUCUCCACAAGUUCGAGCACGGUGUUACAAAGGGAUCUAAUUUCCAGUGCUCUACAACUGGGCUUUUUUCCUAGGCAUCAUUCUCAAAUAUGAUUGUAUAGCUGGAAAAAUUACAAGACUUUGUGUUACCCUGGUUGGAACUGUAAGGUGCUAAGAGUUAGUGAUUUUUGAUUGCAGCUCUCUGAAUUCACUUAGUUCCAAAAUGUGACUGAAAUAAGAUUUUAUUGCAUCACAUGUAGAAGUUUGUGAUAAGGCGUUUUUCUGUCCUUGCACCACUCUUAGGCAUUACAGUUAGAUUUUUUUCUUGUUUCAAACACUAAGAGAACUAUACGGGGGUUUUGUGGCCGUUCGUUUUUCUUCCCCCCAACACUAAUACCUUUUUUUACCCUCUCAAAAGGUAUUCAAGGCAUUAGACCCAAGUGUAAUCUAUUCAGAGCGAGUGAAGCUAUUGGAAAAGUGGAUGGUGUUAGCCUGGGGAUGUCAAGAGUGCCCUCUAUUUCAGAGAGAGAGGAGAAGUUUGGUUUGCAGGAUGGUGUCUGAAGCCUGGGGAGAAAUGAGCCGGCAGACUGCUACAGCACUACCUACAGGUACUUCAAAGUGUACGCCAUCCCAGAGAGUGCCUGCCCUGACUGGCACUACAGCUUCCAAUAAUGACUUGGCUAGUCUCUUUGAGUGUCCUGUCUGUUUUGACUAUGUUCUGCCACCAAUUCUUCAGUGUCAGAGUGGCCACCUUGUUUGUAGCAACUGUCGCCCCAAACUUACGUGCUGUCCAACUUGCCGAGGCCCGCUGGGCUCCAUUCGUAACCUGGCUAUGGAGAAAGUUGCCAAUUCUGUACUAUUCCCGUGUAAAUAUGCCUCUUCUGGAUGUGAGAUAACUCUGCCACACACAGAAAAAGCAGACCAUGAGGAGCUAUGUGAGUUUAGGCCUUAUUCCUGUCCAUGUCCUGGUGCUUCGUGUAAAUGGCAAGGUUCUCUGGAUGCUGUAAUGCCACAUCUGAUGCAUCAACAUAAGUCAAUUACAACACUUCAGGGAGAAGAUAUAGUGUUCCUUGCUACAGACAUUAAUCUUCCUGGUGCUGUUGACUGGGUUAUGAUGCAGUCUUGUUUUGGCUUUCAUUUCAUGUUAGUAUUGGAGAAACAGGAAAAAUAUGAUGGUCACCAGCAGUUCUUUGCGAUUGUACAGCUGAUAGGAACACGCAAGCAAGCAGAAAACUUUGCUUACCGACUCGAGUUAAACGGUCAUAGGCGGCGACUGACUUGGGAAGCAACUCCUCGAUCUAUCCAUGAGGGAAUUGCAACAGCCAUUAUGAAUAGUGACUGUCUAGUCUUUGACACCAGCAUUGCACAGCUCUUUGCAGAAAAUGGCAAUUUAGGCAUCAACGUAACUAUAUCGAUGUGUUGAAAUGGCAAUCAAACCUCUUCAGGCCAGUGUUUAAAACCAUUGCAUUUAAUUUAGCAGAAACUAGGGUAACCAUCGUUGACUGUCAGACAAAUUAUUUGGUAGGUGGAGGAUAGACAUAUAUGAAGGUGAAUAAAAGGAAAGGCUGUUAAAUUACAGGAAGCAGUUGCAUGUAGUAACACUAAUAUAUUUAAAAUAAGUCAACAGUAAACCACUGAAAAUAUAUAUACACCCAAAAUGGGCAUCUUUUGUAUUAAGAAUUGAUUCUACAGGAAAUGUUGUAAAAUAAUUCUAAAAACUUGUUUGUAGAUUGAUUGUACUGUUGAAAAGGAUACUGUUUCGUGUUUUUGUUUGUGUUCUUUUCCUCCCCCUUUGACUGACAAGCCAUGUUGAGCGGUUUGGGCUUUGGCCGCUGCUUCCCGCGCCCCACCUCCCCCCUCCUUUGUAAGUCACUACAUAGUAUUGCUGCUGUUUGUGUAUAUUUUUUGUGUAUUUGCUAAUUUUUAUUAACUUCUAGUUUUUCAUUAAAUAAAUAUGACUUUCUUUUCUGUAAUUCAGGUUUUUCUCUUUUUUUUUGUAUCUUUAAAAACUAACUACAGGUGUCAUCUUUUGAUAUGCAUAAUUGCUAUGGUAAAAUUAAUAUUUCUGUAUGUUUGGUAAAUUUUGUCUCUUUCCAGUAGUCAGUCAAUUGGUGAUACUGUUCUUAAUUGAGCUAUUUUGUGAAUGUACUGAACUUGAAAGGAGUAAUUAUGUUCAAAGAUAUAUCAGGAAAGAAAGCUCCUUUAAAAACAGGUCUAGAUGUUGUUGUACUUUGAGUUAUGAUCUGACAAAAAUGAAUUACAAAGAUUUUUCCACAUUUAAAAAAAAAAUCCCGUUUCAAAUUUAGAGAUGCUUAGAAACUCUAUUGCAUCCUUCUAUUUGUUGGCUUUCCAGUACAAAGAAGGUAUUGUCUUACACAAGAUUUGUAACUAUACAACAGGCCAUUUGUUUUAAAAGAAACAAAAACACCAAAAAACGAAGAAAGGGCAGUCAGAAGGAGAUGUUUGCAGUCUUUUUACAUUUCUCCUUAAGAGAAUACCUGGCAAAUUUAAGAACAAUUUUUUUGCAUUGUGCUUUAGCUCAAAGUUUGACACACUACUACUCUCGCUCACUUUCUUGUCCUCCUGUCUCUUGGUUGUUACUGAAGUAAUUUUCUUGAACUGAUUUUUGUAUAUUAUUUUGGUGACAUGAUACACAGUCAAAUGCAAGUAAUCUCUUACAGAUAUGAUUCACCAGCCGUAACAGCUUUUGUAAGAUAUGGGCUUUGUGCAGACUGCCUUUAUGUGAAAAAAUUAACCAUGAAUGUAUAUGGUAUUUGUGUUACAAAACAGAUGCAAAGGAAGAAAAAAGGAUAAGGUGAAAAGGUGUUUCAUCUCAAGCUAUUUAAAGGAAAUCUUUGUCAAACCUAGUAGUAAUGGACAUCUGUUUGGAGAGGUAGCCUGACUAUUAAUUCCUUUUGUAACACAUUAAAAUAUGGUUUAUUUACUGUG